AUGUCGAACCGGGCCGCAUCAUUGCUCGUAUCGAGGCUCUCUAGGACGCAGCAAACGCGCUCCAAGGCACACUUCACCUUCCAGCCUUCCACACAACUUCCAGAGAGUCUUCAGAGCAGUGCGUAAAACUGAUGAUAAGAUAAAAAAAAAUCCACAAAAAUAUAAAAUUCAUGAAAAACGUGAGAAACGUAUCUUUACAAUUUCUGAAAAAGGACUCGGACCUUGGUAACGCGAACGGGACGCGAAACGGACGUGUCGGGGCAUUUCUAGUGACCACUUUAGUAACCUUAACGCUCUUAAGUGAUCCCUUGAAUCGCCCAGAAACGUCCGGAGCACGUCCGUUUCGCGUUACCAAUGUCCGAGGAGAGAAAUUUUAAAUUAUAUCGUCUUUAUCAGUGCUUAUUCAGAAAAAAAAAGAUUUUUCUUAUACAAGUCCCUCUAGCAGGCCUCUUCUGAAGACUUUUACUUCAUUUUUUGACGAAAUAGAAACAUUGAGGCUUUGAGGACGAAACACAAGGCUUUAGAAGUAAUAAAGCCGAAUUACGUCUACAGCUGCUUCACGGCUGGCUUGAGCCAUUGAAAAAGGGUCCUGAAACGAUAAUUCGAGAGAGAGAGAGAGAGAGAGAGAGAGAGAGAGUGUCUGGCUUGUGGAGAGCGCAGACAUACCACACCUCUCAGAGUCCCAAGCCAGCAGUGAAUUCUCAACACCUCAACGAUUGCAGAUAUCGGGGAAAUCAAUGCCAAAAAGAAAAAUAUUUUAAGGAGAACGAACGAAGCAAAAUUUGAUGCAAGCCGUCAAUGAUGCCAUGAAAAUCGCCAUGGAGGUGGGUUUGAAAAAAAUAGGUACUUCAAUGAAAAAUGAUUGAAGACGGACGACACGGCCGUGGUUUUUGGUGAAGACGUGGCUUUUGGCGGCGUUUUCCGCUGUUCUUUGGACCUUCAGAAGCAGUUUGGUUGGAUCUCGAUCCCAAAAUAUGGACAAUUAUACUAUUUUCCUAUAGGAAAGGACCGGGUUUUCAACACCCCGCUUUGUGAACAGGGAAUCGCCGGUUUCGGCAUCGGCUUGGCCGUUUCCGGCGCCACGGCCAUCGCUGAAAUUCAGUUCGGCGAUUAUAUUUUCCCGGCUUACGAUCAGGUAAAUAUCGAUCUGUUUCUUGGGGAGACUUCUGUGAAAAUUGAAUAAAUUAAGAAUGGCCUCUUUAUGGCUUUGACGUUCUAGUGACCACUAAAAAAGUCGAAUUAGUGGCUGAAUCUUAGUGACCUUUGUAGAGGUCUUACUGCUACCACUAGAUAUGUGGGAAUCUAUCAUAAAGAUGGUUUUAGUGACCAAUUUAACGUCCUCUCCAAGUGAGAACUCAAAAGUGGUUCCAUAUUUCAGCUUGUCAACGAAGCCGCGAAAUAUCGGUAUCGUAGUGGUGGAUUGUUCAGCUGUGGAGGUCUCACAGUCAGGUAAACUCGAAUAUUUUUGAAAAAAAGCAAAGUUAUGUGUUUGAAUACCGAUUACGUGCAAUAGAAAGUUUUUAUCGGACCAAAGAACUCCAAAUUUUUAUUGAUAGGAAACUUUUGAGUAUGUAUAUGAUGUUAGAAUCAAGUUUUUAACAAGUUCCAAAGGCAAAACUUUUUCAUACUGUUAAUAAAAUAUAUUUCCGCUCUUUGAAGGUAACUAAUGGAUGCCUAUAAAAAAUCAGUAAUCCCUGCGAACUGUUCAAAAAGAAAAGAAAUCAAUUGUUUUAAAGAUCAACUUGGGGAGCUGUCGGCCACGGAGCUCUCUACCAUUCACAAAGUCCAGAAGCUCAGUUUACCCAUACUCCUGGUUUGAAGGUAAUAUUUGUUAUUCCAGUACUCAAAUACAUAGUUUAUAUGCACCUUUUUGUUCAAAAAAUGAGAAGGGAAGAAGGAUUAUUCCUCGAGGAUGAAUCAACACUUUUUUUGUUGAAAAUAAUAUGUAAGGAAGAAUGAAGUUUAGGUUGUCGUGCCACGGGGACCGAUCCAAGCCAAAGGCCUUCUCCUCUCGUGCAUCAGAGACCCGGAUCCGUGCAUUUUCUUCGAGCCAAAGGUGUUUUAAUCGAAGAAAAUGGCUGUUCCAAUCAUCUUUUGAAGAUUCUUUACCGAUUGGCCGCCGAAGACGUUCCAGUUGGAGAUUACAUGCUUCCCAUCGGGAAAGCCGAUACAGUGAGACCGGGUAUUCGACUUUUCUUUGAAAAAUUUAUAAUAAUAGGAUUUUUUCAGUAAAAAGCAUCAAAAGUUGAAUAAACUUUGAGAAAAGGACAUGCAUCUAUAUAUUUAUUAGGGAUUAAAGGUUAACAGAGUUUUCGAGGGGCCCCGCCAAGUCGAAAUGAGGAAAAAUGUGGGAAAUGGGUGAAAAAAUCAAGAAAAAUGGCCUUUUUGCCAACGUGAUCACUUUGCGGGACGGGUGGCCCUGGUCCUCCCGUCUCGUAAGCAGCUCUGAAGGUCGACGUUGAAGAUCUGGAAACCGAGCAGUUAACUCGCAGUUUAAAUUUAAAAAUUUAAAUCACUACUUUUUCAUGCAAAAACUGAAAAGAAAAGGUUGAAGUUUUCAUCACCUUUUUUAGAAAAAUGUUAAUUUUCUUCAAUUUUCUUGGAAGUCAAGCUUUUUUCAGGAAAAGACAUAACGAUCGUUUCCUGGGGCACACAAGUUCACGUCGCUCUCGAAGCUGCUCAACUGGCCAAGGAAAAGCUUGAAAUCGACGUGGAAGUCAUCGAUUUGCAGUCGAUCCAGCCUUGGGACGAAGAUCAUGUCGUUGAGGUCUGACUCGUCGAAAUAUAUUCUGUUCUGACUUCGAAGGUCAAGUCGACGCUCAAGCUCCGCCCCUAAUGGCGCGGUAAACCAAUCAGAGAGCGUUUUAGAAUGACGUCAUUUCAAUUGGUACAAAAAGUCUGACUCUCCCUGGAAAUACGUUAAUUCAUUUUCGAUAAAAGAAGUCAAUAAACUUGGAAAAUGCUCCGGAAAAGCCGAUUUUCGAACCUUUUUGAGUUUACCACUGAAAAUCGUGAUUUUUUUUUUCUGGAAGGUUUCUAAAAUUGAAUCAAUGAUCUUAUUCGAUUGAUAAAUUCAUUCAAAUUUCAUUAAUAGUUGAUAAAAUCUGAUUUGGAAACCAUUUCAGAGCGUCAAAAAGACUGGCCGACUGAUUGUGACCCACGAGGCCCCGAUUACAUCCGGUUUCGGGGCUGAAAUCGCGGCAACUGUCCAGGUUUUCUUUUUAAUCUCCAGGAAACGCCAGAAUGGUCCCUUGAGCUUUCGAAGACCGCUAAGGUCGCCGCUCUAAGGAUAACUUUUUUUAGCCUUAAAAAUGCGGAAAAGGAACAUUUUUUGCGUCUGGGCGACGUCAUAACUUCACUAGAAGCGAAAAGUGUAGUAUUUUUCGAUUUUAAAGUUAGGAUUUCCUAAAGGAUUCGAAGUACUUCUCGGCCAAGUUUUACAAGGGAAUUGCGGAAAUGGUUUGAGGAUGUGUUGAAACUUCGCUGAGAUGUACUUGAAGGGGCUCCAGAACAAGAAAAGAAAAGGACGUUUUGUUUAAACAAGCAAUUUUCCCCUUUCGAAUCAUUUUUGCGCGUUUGGGUGUAUAGUCUGUUCAGAUUUCGAAUGUCAAGCAGCUAACUCCGCCCCUGUUGAGACGGUACCUUUUCGCGUCGAUGUUUUAUCGUUUGGGACUAAUUUUGAUCUUUUUUGAUUUAAAAGAUGGAAAAAUAAGUCAAAAAUGCAGCCUUAUUAAAGGGCCAUCGUCAUAAAUAGAUAAAACAUUGACGCGAAAUAUUUUGUAGCCUUGGGGGUGGAGUUAGCUGCUUGACAUUCAAAAUCUAAACAGACUAUAGGAAUGCGUCAUUCUGCUUCUUAGUGCGUUUUAACCUCAAAAAUUUCGAAAGUUUUGAUUCAAAUUAUCUGUUUAUCGUGUUUUUCUGAAAUACAUUGAAGUUAGUUGUGUUUUCUGGUUUACGUAUUUGUUGGGAACUGCUUUUGGAAAAGUUUCAAACAAGCAACGUUCGAAAUAAAAGUUUUUCAGAAUUUUGCAAAGUUAUUUUAAUUUUUGAAUUUAUUUUAUGCGGAACUCAGGAAAUGAGAUAGAAAAUAUGUUCAACAUAGUCCCCUCGGCGUAAAGAAACAGACGACCUGCGCGCUGGUCUGCCGUUUUUCUGUUAAAUUGGGCAUGCCAGUGCGCAGGUCCUAUACAGUGUGUAGAGCGCGGAGGGUACGAGUCUGGUCUCUCCAAGGUUACCGUGCUCUCCAAACGGAUGCAUGCGCGAUGGUCUGCCUUUUCUUUUUUGGAUGGGUGCUGGCAUGCCGUUGUAGCUCUUAUCCUGCUGUGUCUUUAGAAAAUGACCGUCUCGCGCGGAACGAACUAAUACAGAUAGGUGAUAAGUGAAUAAAAAGAAAGCCUGGUUUUUCGUGGUUCAUCUUGAAAUUCCUCAACCAGAAAUCGUUCAGAAACGCUGCUUCCUGCACUUGGAAUCUCCAGUGGAGCGAGUUUGCGGCUACGAUACUCCAUUCCCACACGUCCACGAGCCAUUCUACAUCCCUUCAGUAACUCGUGUCUUCGACGCCAUCAAGAAAUCCGUUAAAUUCUAA